GCACCUCGUUGUCAGGGGGAGGGUGGAGUUAGGGUCUCGGUUGACAGUUUGCCGGAAACAAACUCAAUAAAACCAACACCAAAACAAAACACUGCUAAUGCUGGCUAUUUCAAAUCAAACUGAACAGCAUGAUUACUGUAUGGACCUGAGGCGUUAACCCUGUGUUGGUGUCCAUUGAUGUGGCUUGCCCUGCUGAGUAUUUCUCCUUGUGUUUUUAUGUCUUUAUUUCAGUCAGAAACCAUCAAAAGGAGGAAUCCAGAAAUCAACUCAAAUUUGGCGGCGGGAAUAAACAGAAGGCUGAAGCUCUACAUGAUUUAAAACUGACCAUUUCCCCAGUCACAAACACUAUUUCACUGAUUUGUUGGUAUUGCUUGUUCCCUCGUCUGUUUUCAUGAAAGUUUCAAAUCAACUCCAAAACAUAUCUAACCGCAAAAAUCCAAACUUUCCUCCGUUGGAAACAUCAAAAUUCACUGUCUAGUAAUGAUUCCAAUCCAAAUGGAUUGAGGCACAUGGACAAGUUUAUACUUAAGUCAUAAUCUGUGCACCAAAAAGUGAUGCUGAAUUUGGAAAGUGCCUGAUUUAUCCAUUCUCUGUUGCAAGAUAGGUUUCCUCUGAGUAUUGUUCCAGGCUGGCCGUGGUGUGUUCCCAACAGGCGCAAGAAAAAGUCAGUUUUCAGUCUGACUUUUGUGAACACUAAUCCUUGGUGUUGGUAAUUGUUAACAUCUUCAAACUUGGAUCAAUGAACUGGACCAUAUGCAAUUGAAUAUUGGAUUUGACAGCUUGGAUGUACCAUCAUUUGGUUGUUACCUGAUGCUGUGACCUCUCUCCCAGUAUGGCUGACUUCCUAGCUGAAUUGUGUGACACUGAUCGUUCUAACCCAUUUCCGGUGUGGGACAAUGGUAGUGUUGGGUAUUGCUUCACUCAACUCGUCCUUAAUGUACUGCCGCACACAGCUCUGGCUCUUGCCAGCGCCUGCUAUCUUAAUACCCCUCGAUCCCGCUGGCAGAGUUUCACCUGGAGCUGGGAAUGUAGGAUUAUCAUCUCCUUCGUUCAGGUGGCUCUUUUCCUCUUUGAUGUGGUGACAGUCAUCUUUUUUCCGAACUUAAAAACUCUGUGGCUCGAGGUACUGGUGGACUCUGUUGCUGUGAUAGCCUGGCUUAUCCAUGGACUGGCAGUGGGUGCGCUCAGUAAGUCUCAGUAUGGCCGCUCGCUGGGUCCAGCAAUAUUGCCUUUCUUUGCGGUCCUGCCUGCCCCUGCAUUAAUUAUCAUUCUGAUCGCUGAUUGUCAGACUGGACAGGUCACAUGCUCCGAUUACCUUUCCAGCUGGUUGAGAUUCAUUUUGAUCUGUGCAGAAUUAACUUUGCUCCUUGUUUAUCUGGUUGUGCUGGUCGCUUCCCAGCCUGGAAGAGAUGAAAUGAACCCAGAACAGGAGCCAUUGUUGCAAGAUCAGUCUGCAGGGUCUGAAGGAGAGAUUAUGGCUGAAGAUGGAGCCAACUGGAUCUCUCACCUUUUCUACUUCUGGAUGAACCCUAUCAUGAAGCGUGGCUACAAGUUGCAGAUUAACCAGCCCAAUGAUGUUUACCAGCUACCACUGAAACUUAGGACCCAUGACAUUGAAGAGCAUUUUCAGAAAUGCUGGCAGAAGUGUGUGUUGGAGGAGGCAUCCAAACAAGAAAAGAAACAACGCAAGUCAAAAUCUGAUGGUCAUCAGAGUAUUGAUGGCCGUCAGCACAUCCGCAGAAGUUCUUGGCGUGACCAGCAGACGUCUGAGGCAGCUCAGAAAGAUGCCACAACUCCGAAUGUCACCAAGGAAGUGCAUCUGCUCUCUGUUUUGAAUAAGGCCUUUGGCUGCCGUUUUUACUCCCUUGGGCUGUUAAAGUUCAUAGGCAGCAUGUUAGGCUUUGCAGGACCACUUCUUUUAAACUUGCUGGUGACUUUUAUGGAGUCGGACACACAACAAAUGACCAAGGGCGUCUGGUAUGCACUGGGAUUGUUUCUCAGCACUUUUAUUGGUGCUGUUCUCCUCAACCAGUUCAAUUACCGAGUCAUGACCAUCAGCCUGAUGGUCCGUUCAGCUCUAAUAUCUGCAAUCUACCGCAAAUCUCUGCGGGUCAACACGACCACUCUGUCCACAUUCUCCGUGGGGGAGAUUGUCAACUUCAUGAGCACUGACACAGACCGGAUUGUGAAUUUCUUUCCUAUCUUCCAUGACUUGUGGAGCUUACCCUUUCAGUUUGGUAUCACUCUCUACCUUCUGUACCAGCAGGUUGGUGUAACCUUCCUAGGAGGCCUUGUGAUAGGCUUACUGCUGGUGCCAUUAAACAAGAUCAUUGCCAGCAAAAUUAUGGAGAAUAGCAAGAAACAUCUGGGACAGAAAGACUCCAGGGUCAGGCUGAUGACUGAGAUUCUGUUUGGAAUGCGUGUAAUAAAGUUCUACACCUGGGAGAAACAUUUCACUGAAAAGGUGGCUGAGGUUAGAGAGAAGGAGCUCAGCCGUCUAAAAGUCAUCAAGUACCUGGAUGCAGUUUGUGUUUACAUGUGGGCUGCACUUCCUGUUGUGAUCUCCAUCCUUACCUUUGUCACCUAUGCUUUGUUGGGACACCAGCUCACUGCUGCCACGGUGUUCACAGUCCUGGCUUUGGUGGGAAUGUUGAUCCAGCCCUUAAAUAACUUCCCUUGGGUGUUGAAUGGGAUACUACAAGCAAAGGUUUCUUUGGACCGCAUCCAACGCUUUCUCCAGCUUUCUGACCAGGAUCUCAGCACCUACUAUAUGACACGUGAACCAGAGGAUCCGGACUCCGCAGUGGAGCUACAUGAUGCUUCCUUCUCCUGGAUUCCUCAAGAAGCAUCAGGGGACUCAGGAACCAGACUUGAAGGCAGUUUGGAGCUCCUUAACCUGAAUCUAAUGGUGAAACAGGAGCAGCUGAUAGGAGUUGUUGGAAAGGUCGGUUGUGGCAAGAGCUCCCUGAUAGCAGCGAUAUUGGGAGAACUCAACAGGCUUGAUGGAGAAGUGUAUAUCUCAACGCAAAAUAAAGGCUUUGGCCUGGCAGCUCAAGAACCCUGGAUUCAGUUUACCACUAUCCGGGAAAAUAUCCUUUUUGGAAAUAAGUACGAUGCCAAGCAGUACCAAGAUGUGAUUGAAGCUUGUGCACUGUCAGAGGAUCUUAAUAUUCUGCCGAAUGGUGAUCAGACGGAAGUUGGUGAGAGCGGAGUGACCCUCAGUGGUGGACAGAAAGCUCGUAUCGCCCUAGCCAGAGCUGUUUACAUGGAGAAAGAACUAUACCUCCUUGAUGACCCAUUAGCUGCCGUAGAUAAGGAUGUAGCCAAACACCUGUUGGAAAAAUGUAUUUUGGGAGUUUUGAAAGAUAAAACUGUCAUCCUUUGUACACAUCGGACAGAGUUUUUGGAUAUGGCUGAUGUAGUAGUGUUAAUGGAAGAUGGAAGGAUUGUAAAGACAGGUACGCCCAAUGAAAUUCUGCCCAAAGUGGAAGCUUACCCAACUACGAAACAGAAGCAGACCAAAAAGAAAGCUGCAGUGGAAGACCAACAUCAUAUGCCAAUAAUUAAUGACAAGGAGGCUAUGGCAGGUGAGGAGCUCGAAAUUAUCAUUCUCACUAAAGAGGUAGCGUUUGCCAAGCUAAUGGGGCUAAAGGAUAGACAUGUCUUCUGGCCCAGAUGGAAUGCAUCCCAGGGUACUAAAAAACAAAUAGCAAAUGCAUUCAUGGCAACGACCGUGUUCUUUGAUGUGACACCUGUUGGACGCAUUGUGAACCGUUUCUCAUCUGAUCUUUACUGUGUGGAUGACACACUACCCUUCAUCCUUAACAUAUUCCUGGCAACGACCUACGGUCUCUUUGGGACACUGCUGAUGAUUAGUUACAGUCUUCCCUGGAUCUUGCUUGUUCUGGUGCCUUUGGUUAUCCUGUAUUUCUACAUGCAGCGCUACUAUCGCUUCACCUCAAGAGAGCUCAAGCGGCUCACAGCUAUCACACUGUCACCCAUCUAUACACAGUUCUCAGAGACUCUGACCGGUCUCACUACCAUCAGGGCAUCGCGAGCAGUUGCAAGGUUCGAGGAGGAGAAUACUCAUCGUCUGGAGCUCAACCAGCGCUGCCUUUACAUUGGCAACACUGCAGUGCAGUGGCUUGACAUCAGACUGCAGAUGAUUGGUGUUGCCGUGGUAACUUCCAUUGCUAUUAUUGCUAUUAUUGAGCAUGGCCUGAAAAGGGGUAAUCCUGGCCUCGUGGGUCUUGCGAUGUCCUAUGCACUGUCAAUCACAAAUCUGCUGUCUGGGGUAAUAUCGAGCUUCACACAGACUGAAACACAGAUGGUCAGUGUGGAACGGCUGGAUGAAUAUUUCACUGAGAUUCCCAUCGAACCUCAGGAGGGGCAUAUCGAGGUUCCUUCCUCGUGGCCACAGCAUGGUGUGAUACUGUUCAAGGAUGUGGUCCUUAAAUAUCGGGAGGGACUUCCUCAUGCUCUCGAUGGAAUUAGUCUGAAGAUUGGUGCAGGAGAGAAAGUGGGAAUUGUUGGACGGACAGGCUCAGGAAAGUCUACGUUGUUUCUGGCACUCUUCCGGUUGGUGGAGUUGAGCGAGGGUCAGAUUUUCAUUGACAACAUCGAUAUAAAAACAGCCAGCUUGAGGGACAUUCGGUAAGAGAUUGACAAUGAGGGAGGAUUGUUCCUGUGCACUGUUGGUGGAAGCAGAUGUUAAAACUUGAGAAUGAGUUAGUGACGGACAGGGUACUUGAUCCUUUUACAAGGUUAUUUACAGAUAUAUAUAUAUCUGAUCCUUUCUGCCUGCUAAUACAUCUCAGUACAGGUGAGUCCUGUGAUCAUUGACUUGUACUGGAUAUCAGCAGCCAGUCUAUCAGAGGGUUUACCAGCACCUAUUGUCCAUCCCUAACUGCCCCAGAGAAACAUUGCUGUGAUGCUUUCUUGAAUUGCAUAUGCAGUGAGGAAGGAAUUCCAGGAGUUUGUCCCAUAGUUCUACCAUUCCAUCCCAGGAUGGGGAGUUACUUGGAGGGCAGUGGCUGUUAGUGUUCCCAAGCAUCUGCUGCUCUCCAAUAACAUCUAUCAUUUUCAGGUAGUAUGGGUUCCAGGUUUGGAAGGUGUUGUCAAAGGAGCCUUGAGUCAGAAGAAGGAGUCCAAAGUGGGGAUGUUAUCUAAUGAUUGCACUGAAUUCAGGCAAUAACCAUGUCCUGCAAAAGAGUCUAACCACCACUGCUUGCCAACCAGUGGUAUUGUGAUCACUGUUAGCAUUCUUGGAGUUAUCACUGACCAGACACUCAGCUGGACUUGCCACAUAAACACAAUGGCUACAAAGGAGGUCAGAGGAUAGGAACCCACCUCCUGACUCCCCAAAGCCUGUCCAUCAUCUACAAGUUACAAUCAGGAGUGUGAUGGAAUACUCCCCACUUACCUAGAUGAGUGCCACCCCAACAAUACUCCCGAAGUUCAACACUAUCCAAGAUAAAGCAGCCCCAGAAACAUCCAUUCCCUCUAUCACUGAUGCUCAGUAGCAACAGUGUGUACU